AUGGGAGACAACGGCGAUGAUUCCGAUUCGGAUUUGCCGAGCCUCGUAAGCGAGAGCGAUGUGGAGGUGCAUGCGGGGGAGGCGGAGGCGAAGGACGAGGGGAAGGAGAGUGACGAGGACGCUGGUGGUGCCGGCGAGGAGAAAAGCUACGAGUUCACUCAUGAGGAAUACUACGAGGACAUUUAUGGCGACUUUGACGAAGAAGAAGACGAUGAUGACGACGACGACGACGACGAUGGCGAAGAUCUUGACGACGAAGAGGAUUUUUGGGAAAGCGAGAGGGCCCGCGGUGGCGACGGUGCGAAGAUGCUUCGAGGCCUCGUCGAACCCAAGGUUGGCGACCAGCGCGCCGGCAAGAACGCCGGCGGCGGCGACGGCGGCGGUGAUUCGGGUGCUGCAGGCGCGCCGGGGCUGCGGAAGGGGUUUCUGAACCAUGCGCCGGGAGUUGCGGGGGAGGAGGAGGAGGAGGGGGGAGCGGGUAAGGGCAAGGACGCGGGUUCCAUGGCGGGGCUGCGCCCGGGGUUCUUAAACGGCGCACACGUCGAGGAGGAGGACGAGGAGGAGGAGGAGGUAAUCAAGAGUGGCGGCACAAAGGGGAAAGUGGGGAAAGGUGGGAAGGGCGGGAAGAAGAAGAAAAAGAAGGGGGGGAAGGGAGGGGAUGGGAAGGCGAGUAGUGCGCGGGGCAAGACGACUGGUGACGGCGGCGGGGAGUUAGGUGCAGAAUUGGAGGAUGGCGAGGAGGGCGAGGAGGGCGAGAAUGACGAGGAGGAAGAAGAUGUCCAUGUGGACGGGCACGUGUUCGGCGGCAAGCGCGCGCACUACCCCUAUGAGCACCACGAGCAGCACGAGCAGCACAGGAACCACCCCAAUUUCUCCAGCAUCCCGGAUUUCUGCGGCUGUCCCUUCUGCACCUCCUCCUUUUUCGGCUUCCCAGGGCAACCGGUUAGUCCGCGCGACCACAGCCGCAGGGAGGCGAGUCGGAUGAAGGGGGAGUGGGAAGAAGCGGAGCGGGAGCGCGUGCGCGCGAGGCGCCGGGAACGGGCAGUGGCGCGGCGGAAGCGGGAGGCGGAGGAGCGCGAGCUGGCGAAGGCGCGCGCGGCGGAGCGCCAGGCGAGGAAGGAGGCGGAGGCGGAGCGGCGCAGGCGGGAGGAGGAGGAGCGGAAGGAGCGCGGAACGGUGGUUGCGCAGGAGCUGGCGGAAGCGCGUCGGUUGGAGCGGGAGCGCGAGCUGGCGGAACUCAAGGGCGCGGCGGGGGCGUCGGUCGAGGAGGAGCGCGCGGACGAGGUCGUGGGGCGCUGCUGCGCGGGGAUCAAGCAGGCGGAUUGCGCGGGGCAGGGCUCUGCAUCCGCGGAUGCGGGCAGCAAGGCGGGGGGAAGCGGGGCGGGCGGGGAAGGGGGGAGCGCGGGGUGUCGGUGCCCUGGGGGGAAGCCGCCUGUGGUGUGGGCGCAGAGGCGCAUGAGUGUGAGGUGUAGCGAGGGGUGCAAGGUGGUGUGGCAUUACGAGUGCUGGCAGAGCUGCAAGCGCGAGGGGGCGCGCGGCGAGUGGAAGGCGGGCGAGCUGUGCCCCACACCGGGUGAGGAAAGGGGGGGAAGACGGCGGGGGAUAGGGGAAGGAUGGGGGAGGGGGACGGGGAAAGAGGGAGGAGGGGGGAUGGGGAGGGGGGAGAGGUGGGGGGAGUUGGAAGUGGUUGGCAUGGGUUUGGGGGACGAUGACGGAGCACAGGUGCCAGGCGCAGUGGCAGCAGAGGCAGCAGAAGCGAAGGCUGGGGAGGCUGUGAAAGGAGGAGGGGUGGCAGAAGGGAAGGAAGGGGGAGCGGCAGUGGAGGGGGUGGCUGAUGGUAGUGCUGCUGCAAAGAGCGGUGGUGGAGAAGGGGAAGGGCCGUCGGGCCCAAAAGUCACUCCGGUGUGGGCGGAAGAGGACUGUGAGAGUUUGACCAUGCAGGUGUACAAGAAGGGGGGCAGUGAUGGGGAGGAGGAGGUGGAGGAGAAGUCAAAGAAGGCCAUCAAGGCACAGGCGAAGGCACAGAAGAAAGCACGGGGUAAGAAGGCAGUCCCUCUCACGGAGUUCAUUCUACCUGCCGCCAUCCCUCCGGCCCCACCCUCUCCAACUCUCCGCAACAUCCUAGCUGACUGGCACGAAUCAGGCGGGAGCAGUGAAGCCCCUGCUGCUGGACCUUCCAGCAGCCAGCAGCAGCCAGAGCAGCAGGAAAGCUUUGCCGUUGCCGAUGGAGCUGCAGCAGCAGCGAGCACAAGCCGAAGCAGACCCGCUGCAAGCACAGCCGCCGCACAGCCAACCCCUGCUGCUCCUCCUGCUGCUGCAUCUGCAUCCGCUCCUGCUGCUGCUGCGUCGUUGCCAGGGGUCACAGCCCCACCGUCUGCACCACUGCUGCUAGGAGGCAGUGCGUGGCACAGAGGCAGUCUGGAGGGCGACGAGGCAUGCAGCAGGGAGCGCAUGGAGCAGGCGCUAGGACCCUUUGUGGCCCGCCAGCACGAGGAGGCGGCAGCAUGCCAUGUGUUGGUGGAGGGGGUGGCAGCAGCAGUGGACGAGGUGGAUAUAGUCACGUGCUUCACCAGUGCGCAUGAGCACCUAGCUGCACUACACCGCUUCCCCCAACACCACCUCGCCGUUGUCUCCUUCAGGUCCCUCCGCCUGACAUUUUCAGCGAGUUCCCUCCCAUGCCCACUGCUGCCGCUGCGCCUGGAGGGGCUAGUGGGGGGGCGGAUGGGGCGAGGAGAGGUGGAGGAGGGGGAGCAGGAGGAAGAGGGAGGGGAGGGGGAGGAAGGGCGGGAAGAGGGAGUGAGGGGGGCAGUGGGGGAGGAGCGGGAGUUGGAGCGGCUUGGAUCAGGGUGGAACCUGCGGCAAGGGAGUCACGUCCAGCACUGCCGCUCUUCCAAACCACGAGUGACGACCACAGCCGUUCAAAACCCAUCCAAGGCCAUGAAACACCCGUCUGCCUCCACCCCUUGCGUUCCGUCUGUGUCAGCUUCAAUCCCACCAAAGGCCAACAAGCACCCAUCUGCCUCUGCCGCUACCCCAUCUACCAAUCCACCUGCUCCCCUCACCAAGCCAUCCAAACGAGCCCCUGUCCCCACGCCCGCUGCUGCGGCUCCCCCUCCCCGUACCCCUGCUCCUGCUCCUGCUCCUACCGCCACACCUACCCUUUCCUCUCACGGCCCAGCAUCUGCUGCUGUGUGUGGGGGUGGGACGAGUGGGGAGGAGGAGGGUGGGCGGGUUGAGAGUGGUGCAGCUAUGUCAAAGAAAGAGAGGAAGAAGCUGAGGAGGAGGCAACGGGAGGAGGAGAAGGCGAGGGUGGUGGAAGAGGAAGGGAAGAGGGUUGCGGAGGAGGUGGUGGUGGAUGCUGGGGACAAAGUGGAGGAGAGGGAGGAGGAGGGGGUGAAAGAGGUGGAACAGGAGGGGCAAGUUCGGGAGAAGACGGAGGGGAAGGGAGGGGAAAGGAUGGAGCAACAGGAGCAGCAACAGGAGCAGCAACAGCGGCAUCAGCAGCAGCAGCAGCAGCAGCAGCAGCAGCAGCAGCAGCAGCAGCAGCAGCAGCAGCAGCAGCAGCAGCAGCAGCAGCAGCAGCAACAACAGCAGCAGCCACGACUGGAACCUCCUCCACACCGCCCUUCCUCCGUGCCCCCCUCCAAGCCACCAUCCUCAUCUGCUUCAGCAGCAAGCUCCCUCACCCCCUCUCCUCCGCCCCUCACAGGGACUUCCCUGCCCUCUGCUUCCUCCUGUCCCCCCUCCCUCGUGCCGCUGCACGCUCAAAAUACAUUCUUCCUGACUCUUCUCCUUUGUCCCGUCCUUUUUUCUGUCUCCCACCUCACCUCCGCACCUCUUCCCAUCUGCACCUCUUCCCCUCCUGGCCUCGCAACCGCACACGGCAGGGUGGUAGUGCCAGGGCACGGAGAGGCAUGGUCGCUGGCAUCCAAGGGCUCUGCUGCGUUUCUUGUGCCAUGCGCCACACCCAUGCAUUGGUCUGCAUUUAAUAACAAUGCUUUGUCUGACCUGCUAUAUCACGCCUACGUGCAUUGUACUGCUGCCGUGCCACUCACAUUCUCAAUUCAGUUCGCCUCUGACCUGCCUGCCUCUUAUCUGCAGCUCAAUUCUGUUGUGGAAGCCACCAUCCUUGCACCAGUGGUGCAGCAGCAGCAGCAGCAACAGAACCACCAGCAGCAGCAGCAGCAGCAGCAACAGGACCAGCAGCAGCAGCAGCAGCAGCAGCAACAGAACCAGCAGCAGCAGCAGCAACAGCAGCAGCAGCGCCUCUCCCCUCCAUCAUCCUUCCCUCUGCCUCUCUCCCUCAUGCUGGCACAGCAGUCUGGUCCGCCCCCUGCUGCCUCUUCAUCCCUCAAGUCCACAUCAGCACCGUUUGUUCCCACAGUGUCAGACAGUGCCGCUGCUGCAAGGGCAACCAACAGCUCACUGUCACCAGCAGUGGGAGGAGGGCAGUGGAUGGGUGGGGUAGCUGGUGCGACAGUGGCAGCAACACACAGCAAUGGUGGUGGUGGUGCUACACUUCGUGCCAAUACACCCGCGUUCAUCCCCAGUGAUGUUCCCACUGUCACAGUCCCCGCUACCCUCGCUGCUGCCCCCCCCAACGCGUCUGCUGUUGCGCUUUCCAGUCCGAAUCACCCCUUGCCUGGUGCUCUUGCUGCUGCAAUUGCAUACCCAUCGGCACCACCACCUGCGCCGUCCCUGUUGACAUUUGCAUCAGCACCGUUUGUGCCUCACCAGGCAUCCGCUGCUCCGCAGCAUGUGUCCAUGGCACCUCAGCAGGCCCUCUCAGCCUCAAUCCAUGCAGUACAGGCUCCUCAUGUGCCUUCUGCAGCUGCAGCUGCUGCUGCUGCUGCUGCCAGUCCCUCUCCACCACCUCCCACGGGCACCAUGGCCAUGCAUUUGCACCUGGAACCUUCCCAGCAGCGCUUUCACUCCUCCCAACAGCACACACAUGCUUUUCAGCCGCACGCACAACCCCCCCAGCAGCACGCACACCCACCUGACAUCUGCCGCUGGUGCUUCUCCCGACGGUCCGAGCACCUUAUUGUGGAUUGCAGUGAGUGGGGGGAUUGCAGUGAGUGGGGGGAUUGCAGUGAGUGGUGA